AUGCUGCCUGGAGGGUCCGCCCGCUUCGACCGCCUGCUCACACAGCUUUCGGAAGAGCACGACCUCGAGCUGAAAAUCUUGCAGGAGACGAACAGGCAGCUCAACGAAGAAAUCCAGUCCCUCAGGUCUUUCGUCCAACGACAGGAGACCCCAGAGACGCCGCAGCCCCUCGGUGGGCUCAGGGAGGCCGGGCAAGGUUGGGCACAGGUGGGCAUAGCAGUGAGUCCGCCACAAAAGCACCCGCUGGAACUGGAGAUUGAACAGCUGCGCGAUGAGACGGUGGCGGCGUCAUCAUUCUCCACCGCAUCUCCAAGUCAGUCGCUGCGUGUACACAAUGCAGCAGAAACCACAGCUGUAGAGGUCAGAGUAUACUCAGUGCAGAGUCUUCCUGGCGAUCUCCUGGAAGGCGAGUCGAGCCCCAGCAAGUGCAGAGUCUCCGCAAGCAUCGGCCUACAGUUCCAAGCCACGGAGUGGACGGUUUUGAACAAGGAGCCUGGAAGGCCAGGUGAAUGCGAUUCGCUGUGGGGGGCAGCGCCUAGACUGCAAUAG